UGAAAGCUUGAAGAAACUGCUGACCAGCUGUUUUCUGGGAGGGAGUCGGAUUGCGACCGUCUGUGAAACAGGGUGUAAUAUCUUCUUAUUCCGGACUCCUACAGCGUCGCAGGACCUCUAGCUUGCGUUCUUAGUAGAAUAUGCGUCAUGACCUGAAAUGAUCGAGGCUCAAGUUUAUCUGGUUCCAAAGGGUUUCGGAAGCAGAUGUCGCGCAGAACGUGCGAGUUCGAGCAGCCUUUCAUUUACACAGAGGUGUAUCCGCGCGGAAGCGGCAACGCGCGCCCUGCAAAACAGCUUUAUGUACUGCUACCGUUACUGUCUCACGCUUCUCUAACUAUGCCAAGACAUUUAUUUGACUUGGGCCAGUAUUGUCUUAUACUGCAUCAGCUACCUAUGUGUCAAACACUUUUGAGUACUUUGGACCACUACUGCCCGAUUGCCAAGGGAUGGGAAGUGGUUAUCAUGAUCAGGGCAUGACAUUUGUGGUCGCUUCCGUCCUACGCGCCUAAUCCAGUAUGGCUGCCGAGUCUGGGGGCAGCGUCUCCUACCAGGAUUCCAGCGACCUCCAGGAAAGCUCUAGCAGAGUGGAGCAGCUAACCAACUCCACGAACAUUGAAUUGGCAGGCCUGGGCACGUUGGCGCCUUCGCAGGCUGAGAGCAGCAGCUUUGAUUUGUCAACGAACCAGCAGACAUUGCCAACGAGUGAGGAGUUUGCUGAAGACGAGCGCUCGAACAAUGACAGUGCAUCGUGGCACAACGGUGACGCUGAUCUGAUGACAGAGUGUGCAAGCUCCGAGUUCUCAUGCCCUCCGUUUCUGGAAGUGGACUUCUCAGACCUACAUUUUUAUGAAAGGUGUGGAGGUGGUGCUUUCGGGAGUGUAUAUCGUGCUAAGUGGAAGUCUCAAAACCUGCAAGUGGCUGUGAAGAAGCUUUUGGUCCUUGAAAAGGAGGCACAAGUUCUGAGUGUGCUAAGCCACAAGAACAUCAUAACAUUUUACGGGGCUGCUACCAAGGCGCCGAAUUUCUGUAUUAUCACAGAGUAUGCAGAACAUGGCUCCCUAUAUGCUUUUCUGGCGAUGCAAGAGAAUGACUCCAUGCUGAGCUUUGGUCAGAUUCUUCUCUGGGGCAUUCAGAUUGCUGCUGGUAUGCAUUACCUGCAUGAAGAAGCACCCAUUAAAGUCAUUCAUAGAGACCUGAAAUCUAAGAAUGUUGUUAUAUCCUCAGACUACACAUGCAAGAUAUGUGAUUUUGGUGCUUCUCGUUUCCUGGGUGCUACAACGAGAAUGUCACUGGCUGGAACGCUGCCUUGGAUGGCCCCUGAGGUUAUCCAGUGCUUGCCGUCAUCAGAAACCUGUGAUGUCUGGUCUUUCGGUGUGGUUCUUUGGGAGCUGCUCACCCACGAAGUUCCCUUCAAGGGGAUAGAAGGAUUUCAAGUGGCUUGGGCUGUUGUCGAAAAGGAAGAGAGACUCACCAUUCCAAGCACCUGCCCUGCUGCAUUUGGAAAUUUAAUGACUGCCUGUUGGAAGACAGAUCCCAAGGAACGCCCCCCAUUUUCUACCAUACUGCAACACUUGAAUGCUAUGAGUGAAGAUGACUCCUUGUGUAACCUUGCAUCUGCAUAUUUAAGUCAGCGUAGUGUUUGGAAGCAGGAAAUCGAAUCCACUCUGGAGUUGAUGAAGCGUGCCGAGCGUGACCUCAGUCAAAAGCAAAAGCAGUUGGAAGAAUGGGAAAGCCGUUUGCAGCAGAAGGAGCAGCUUCUCGAGCGACGCAGGGGUUGCAUGGAGCUGUAUGUUCAUGAUGUGAAUACUUGGAGUGUGGAUCAUGUGUUUCUCUGGGUUCAACAAUUGGGAUGUGAUGAUGCCACCAAGGACUUAGAGCAGUAUGCCGAGCUGUUCCGCAGCCAGCAGAUUUCAGGCAAACGGCUGCUCCUUCUCACUGUGGAACAUUUGAAGGACAUGGGCAUUGCCCCCUUGGGGCACAGACUGGCACUGAUGGAUGAGAUUGAGAAGCUUGCCAUGGAAAACAGGCGCAAGUUUGAAAUGUCACAGCGUGAGUCCAUGAGCCAUGGCCAUACCUCCUCCACCUUUGGGUCGUCUGCACUGGGAUCAACAAGCUUUGCAUCAAUGACGUCCUUUGGUUCCCUGGGCUCCAGAGUGCCGUCGGUGCCAAUGUCUGUCUCGGAGCCAAUGCUCUUGCGGCUCACACUGCUGUUUGGCAGCCACGUUCGGCUGGGUGCGAGUCCCCGUGAACACAAGUGGAAAGCAUUCGUGGAGUUGGACACGGGCGAGACGCAUUUGGCCAGUGACGCAGCUGCCCGCUGCAUCAGCAAUGUCACCUUCGAGUGCGCCCAAUCUGGCCUUUUCCUCACACGCAUAGCCCAGCCACCAUUUGUGAUGGACCGAUGGUGCAUUGGCAUUACUUCGGAAACAGUUGUGACGUGCGUCGUAAAUUACGAGCUCUGCGUACUGGAACCUCGAUCAACGCUGCUAAGCCACCGGGUGCGCCCAGAAGGAGGUGCACUCGAACAGAUUGAGGUGGUCCUGAGGCUAUCUGCACUCUCCCCCCGCCGUGAGGAUGCCUCGCGGUCCUCCUCCCGGCGAGAGGCCCACUCAGCUCCGUCCAGAGCCCGCCGUCUCUCGGAGGACCUCCUGCCCGAGGCCUGGCGUCAGCGCGGCAGUCUCUUUGGCAGCUUCUCUCCAACUCGACGGCCCACGCAUCGCCGAUCACGCUCUGGUGGUGACGGCUGCUGGGGUACAUCUAUGCUGUCAGCGGCACGUAGCGGCUCUCCACUGUCAUCGUUUGCGCCCCGACGGCUGCUGUCAUCGCCUGCCGGCGGAGACCUGUCGAGUGAAGAGGAUGAAUGCCUGGCCCACCUUGCCUCGGAGCUCGGAGGCAGCGGCACUGCUUCGACUGGGAGAAGCCGCCUCAAGGAGCACCGGCGCCAUCGACUGGCCUUCUCCCUCCACUCCAGCUCGGAGGACUCCCUCAGUGACCAGGGCGCCUCUAGUCUCCACUCACACUCUCUCGCCGGAAAUGCCACUGCCGGUCUCGCCGAGAGCUGUUCACGGCAUGAAGAGGAGCGACAUCGGCGAAACAGCACGCCGACUCGGCGUCGGGAUCCCAAGAAGUACCGGCACUCGAUGAGUGACAGCGGCUUUGCCUCUUCCGAUGCAUCCAGGCAAGUGCUACGUGUCGAAAAGUGCCACGUCAAGCUCAAGAGUGGCGGUGACCUGCCGGCUGACCGCACUGAACUUGACAUCGGUUUGGGCCCCAGCCUGAGCUCUGGCCUGAGCUCGGGCCUGAACAGACUCAGUUUUAGCCUGGAGACCGAUGGCUUCCGGCUUGGCGGCCGAGAGCGAAGGCUGGGGGGACUGCUUGACCGUGUGGCUGGCAAUAUCGGCUGGCGUCGCAUGGGGUAUGAUGGUUCUAUGUGAACUGACGUUGCACGAGUGCUGCGGUAUAGAAUGCACUUUGUCUUUUGGCAGAUGAAAAAAAAAAGUACCUCCGCUAAGUAUUUGCGCAGAUAAACGCUAGUCUUUCACAUGCUGAAGUGUUUGUAAUGUGGCUAUAUUGUAGUGCCGCACUCAGUUUUUUAAAUGUUUUUUUGAGGCCUAUUGCCAGCAAAAGUUCGCACAAAAGAGAAAUGCAUUCUCUGUUUGCCCGCUUGAAGUUUGAACUGUGUUUUUGGCAGCACAGAUCCAACACUUCACUCUAUUGAAGACAUUAAGGAAAUCUUGAAAUAGAGCACCCACAUUUGAGGGCGCAUUGCAGCUUGCUGUUGCAGCUUUGCUUUUGUUCUCGCUAAGUUUAAGACCCUGGCUCACUAUGUACAAAUUUUUCUCUGCAUCCUAGCCCUGUCUUCAGACCUCAGGUCCUUGUUCCUGCAUCGCAGGAUGAAUCCUGAUGGCUGUUGAAUGUUGAGCUUAACAACGCCCACAUGGAUUUAUUCAUAGUUGUGGGGGCUUAUUGCCAUAUCGCAGCUGCCAUUUAGUGGCUAACAUGGAAGGGAAUUGUGGCUUCAUUAGUUUAGUGCUUCAAUAACAGAAAGAAAUGAGCUUCAAUUGUGUUUUGACCAUGACCACCAUCAACAACCAUUGUACCCUUGAGUGGUAAUGCGAGAAGUGCUGCCUGCCCUUUGCAAGUGUGACUGUGCCUUCUAAUUUUAAGUUCGUAGGCAUGGGAACCAACCUCACGGGAAAGGGAGGAUGAUUGAUGGCAUUAUGUUCAUUCAUAUAUUUGAACACUCCAUGCUAUAUAUGCUUGGCACUUAGGUUCUCAGUUCUUUUUUAUUUUAUUUUUAUUUUGAGGAUUUGCCACAAGGCAUAUGUAGUUAAAAAAGAAAUGAACAAAAGGGGCAUUAGAGGUAUCAUAAGCAAGCUGCUCAGAAGCAAGUAAUAGAGGUAGAGGUGCCUCGUGUUUACAGCCUUGCAUUGUCUUUAUUAUAAUUGUGCUCUGUUUGUAACUAUGAUGCACGAAUAGAGCAUUAUACAUAAUAACUUGUGAUUGACCUCUUGUCAUAUGUUGCAGGAACGUGAAGUUGCAGUCCUUUAGCAGUUUUUCAGUUUCUGAAGCAUUAUAUAAGUAUUUUAGUUCAUAGUUGUUGUGUCCUGUAGUGUCAGAAAAAAAGAAGAAAGAAGGGAAGUGCAAAUCUUAUAAAUGUACACAGUAAUGGUAUUAUUUUUGCUUGAAAAAAAACUUUUCAAGGUGAUAACACAGUUGUUAGAAAGAUACCUAGUCAAGGUGAGAGCGUCUGUUCAACUGCGGGUACACCUUUUAUAUCAUCAACAUUUGCUAAGUGUCACAUGAGGCAUAACUAUUGACAUAAUAUGCGGAGUAUCGUAGCUGGUGUUCCACAUGGACAGCAAAGUACCUGUGAUCACUUCUUCUUUUGCUGUGCUUCUCGGUAUUGAAAAAAAAAAAGCAGGAAAGUAGAUAUUGGGUUGUGAGAUGUAGCUCACCUCGUAACAUCCCGGAAUACCCCUUUUGUAUCAGUGUUUGCACUUUGUAGAGGGGCCAUAUUGUUAGGACUUUUAGGACAAGCUCUGUUCUCUGAUGAGUUGGAGAGUUCUCAAACAAUUGGAACAGUUCGGGAACCUUUACUUAGUUCUGUGAUGCAAAGAGAUAAGUAGGAGGCACUAUGAACCAGAGAGCAAUCAGGUGUAGGUGGUAUCGUUAAGAUUAAGAGAAAGAAAUGUAGUGGUGUGUAAACUAGAUAACUGGUGGACUUUAGUACCGACAAAAUGUUGGCCAAGGGGAGGGAAAUACACUCAGUGGUGACAGAGAAGUUGGCUGAGUGAGCGAUGUUACUAGGGAACUUGCAGGCAUAGGAUGGAGACAGUUGCUACAGGACAGGUGUAAAUUGAGAUGGGUAAGAGAGGCAUACAUUGUGCAGGGGACAUAAAUAAUAAUAACAAAAAAGAACAUGGAAGAGGAUUAUGCAAUGCUGCUGAUAUUUUUCUCGUUUACUCAAUUGAGAUAUGUGAAGUUGAACUCCCCGGUAGUAUGAACAGAAUUCUCAUGUUUCUGUUAAAGGAAUACUACCAUAGUAGUUGAGAGAGAUACAACUAGCGAAUUGUCUUACUGAAUACUACGCCUACUAUGCUAGGCAAUAUCACAAAUCGUGUCUUUACUCAUUGUGCCAUCAAGAAGGAUUGCCACUUUUUUGUGUGGAUCAUGUGUUCCUGCCAGGUUCCCAUAAAAAGCUUGCUAGCAACAAUGGACAACACAACCUUAAUGCUUUGAAAUGAAGUUCUAAGAGUGUCAACAGAUAUGUGCUUGGUAUGGAGAUCAUUGAGAGAACAACUUUUUUUUUAGUUCAGUUGAAUUGUUUACAUUACAGUGAACAAAAGGAAGGGGGCUAGAAAUAGAGGCAGUAUACAUUUUAUUCUGAGUCACAUUCAGGAAAUGUAUGAAAGCUGAGCACUUUUCCUAACUGAUCUCCUGAACUGGCCUGCUAUAGUUGGUUUUUAAUGCAAAACAUGCUUUCAUUGUUAUGCUGCUCACUGGCCUGGUUCUCUUAGAUCUUCUUUGGCAGUGUUGUAUGUGAGGCCUUCUCAAGGUUACUACUCAGUGUUCAGAAGUAUAUUCCUCUUAAGGCAUGGAGUGUCAGUUCCUGCAAAAAAAUAAUUAAAAAAAACCUUCAACAAGCAUUGCUCAACUACUUGAACACAUAUUUGCUUAGUCAUUCUGUUUAGCACAAUUAAAAACUGUAAAGCAGGAGUUUCGUUCAUGUGGCCUACUAACUUCUCAUGUGUGGUCUGCAUGGCCUUCCCAACCAUACUAGCUCCUCUUUUCUGUACAAUCCUUAGGCAGCUGUCUUGUCUGUGCUUUCACAUAUUCAUCACAGCAGGACAGUGCAGCCCGCAAAAGGAGGUGUGCUCUGCGUAUGCGGGCCUGAGUCCCAACUUGACUUCGAGACCCCUGCUGUAAAGCAAGCUGGCAUUGCUUAAGCACAAUAUUUAACCAUGCAGUCUAUAUCCACUCGUAGGCGUGACCUGCAUUUAGGUGCAGGUUCUUUUGGACUGUACUUUAGCAGGCUUGUUGGCUGUUGUAGUCUAAAGAAAUGGUUAAUUCUCCACAACAUUCAACUUUCGCAAUUUUCCUCGAACACAGACAUAAACUCAAUAUAAUGAACUUAGGUCUAGUAAUACUUGCAUUGUAACAGAACUUACCACUUGCUUGUUUCCUUAAUUGUUUAAUCAGCAGUCAUGUACAGCACUUCUUAACGAAGCUUUAUCAUAUCAGAUAGUAGUUUUCUCACGGAAUGACACACAUCCACUUGCGCCCAGCUAAUAUGCAUACUUUCGUUUCCGCUGUCUCAAGCUCGUGUUACAUUGGCAUAGUUUUAUCUUUCAUGCCCGGAUGAAAGUUCAUGAUGCCACCUUUAGUGACUAGAUGCAUAGCAGUGUGAUGUUGCAGUCUCGAGAAACUACGCUUACUACGCGUUCUACCUUAAAAUUUCCCUGUCACUUUUCAUUCUGUCAAUAUAGCACAUGCUUUGGCAGCAGCAGCAAACAAAAAAAAAAAGAAGAAGAGAAAGAGGGCUGGCAAUAAAAAAUGAAUUACAAGAAUUCUAGCAAGACGCUGUAACUUAUUUAUGCACAUACAAAGACAAAGGUUCGCAGGAAAAUGGAGAUGUGACAUGUGUUAAACACUGGGGGAACUAGGAAUAUCUCUGGGAGCCAAUAUUUUGACAAGGGUACAUGCCCUUGUCACUCCAACUGUUUUGUCACCCUCACUGGUGAUCACUUUAUGUGCAUAUGCUUGCUGAAAAGGGUAUUGCGGGAUAUUUAGAACAGUGAAUAAUGUACACAGGACUCCACUUUUAGUGGGACGGUGCAAGUGUGUGGCCGUCAAAUCUUACUGCUGAUGUGUGGCAGGGCUGACAGUAGUAGCUGCACAUUUGUGCACUCCCACGAGCAGUGGCCUAUUGUGUACAGUAGAGUGCUAUCGUAAGCAUCUCAGCACAGUUUCGCUUUAUAAAGCUUCGAUACAGUAGAACCUGGAUGUAUUGAACCCACAUAUAUAACAAAUUAUUGUGUACAACGAACAGCUGUAAAAUCCCCUUGAAGAUGUUUUUAUGGAAUCUUUAUGCUACAUAUUGAAUUACCUAUAUAUCGAACUUUUUUGUGUUCUCCUUCAGAUUUGAUAUAUCCAGGUUCAACUGUAGUGUGCUACUGACUGGAGUGAUCAGCUAGUUUGAGCAAGUGUACGAGAUUUCUAUUCGUGCUUUGUCGGCAAGACCAGCACAAUCCCAGCUGCAAGUUUCCGCCGUCAAAUAGUGAAACACGCAUGUCAGUAUUUUCAUCUUGGUAAUGCGAAAACACUGCCGUAUGCACAUGCUGUAUUUUCCUGAAUGUAAUGCAGGGAAUGACUUUCAAUUACCAAGGAAAUAAGUAGUAAUAUUAUUAUUGUGAUGCAAAACAUAGCCACGAGCUUAAAUUAGAACAUUUUAGUGUACUGGGAUGUGUGAUAGUGUUUCCACGUACCAAGGCCAUGCAGGCAUGUUUUGAAGUUGUGCAUUCAGACCUCCGAACCGCUAUGCAUUGUCCCUCUUCUUUCCCUUUUCCCUUUCGCUCCUUUCUCACUUCCUUGCUGUUAUGCGCCCUCCCCAGUGCAUGCGCAUAUGUAUUUUGCCCAUGACAUCGUGAGGUUGCCUUUUUUGCAAAACUUAGUUGUUUGGUGGUUGAGCUUGCCACAUUUUAAAGCAGGAAACAUUCUGGGUUUCAGUUGCGGUGGGGCAUGGUAGGGCAUUGUUUCAAGUACUAUGCAAGGUACCUUCUCAAGCUGGUAAUCUUGUAGAAAAAAAAAAAGAAAGAAAGAAACAUCUGGUGUUUCAUUCACACAACUAGUGUAGUUUUAUCUCUUGUCAUUUCUUUCUCCUCCUGUUGUCAAGCUGCAUAGUAGUAACAAGUGUGCUUGCCUUGUAAAUUAAGUCUUGCCUUUAUCAUAUAAGACAGGUUAUAUCCAAGGAAUGAUGUCUUCAAUGCAUUGCCUUCAAGAUUUGUGUAGACCAAGUAUAGAUAGGAGAAAAAAUAAAGAUCAACAACUAAUGAUAUGUCACAAGACAACACUCGUGCUAUGUGCAAGAAAAUGCAGUUUUACAUAGCUUGUAGCCUUAGCCUCAGAGACUGUGGCCUUUCUGUUGGUGCAACCAAUUUGUUCUGCAUUGAACACUUAUAAAUGCCUUUGCUGCUGAAAAUUCUGCCUUUUGUGUAUGCCUUUCAAGGCAGUUGCUGCUGAUUAAGGUGGAAAUUUGGAAAAGUUGAUUAGCCAUGUUGGAAAUAUUUGUAGUGCUAACAGGCCGGGACUUAAAGAGAAGACGUAAGAGGACACAUGUAAGUGCUCUAUGUGUCUUACUUCUUCUUCUUGUGUCCCUGUCCAUUAGUGCUCGAAACUGUUCCAGUUGCUGCCACUUUUUACUAGUGCUUCAUAUACUUCUUGCUUUAAAAGGGGCCCUGAAAUGUUUUCAUUCAUUGUUCACUCUGUUUUAGUUCUUUGUAAUGCUACCCAUUUACAUAUAUAACCCACUUUUGCAAUAAGCUGCCUCAGUAUAUUACAGCGCUCAAAGAAGAAAAAAAAAAUUCGCUUUGUAUCUGUGGUGCUAACUGUGUUUUUUCAUAAUGUGUCUCCAGGCUGCUAUAUUUUAUUUUUGCAGUCUGUGAAUGAUGUCUUAUAAAGGCUGUGCUGCAUUGGUUAUAAAAGAUAUCACGUAAAUUGAGAUUGCAAUCUGUGUAAAGCAGAUUCUCUGGUGAAUUGCUUUUUUGUGCGUCGAUGGUUCGUCAGGGGGGAAUAUUCUGCACGUGCCUCCCUAGUGGACAUUUCAUUUCGUCAGUUGCUGAAUCUAUGAUUGGCUGGGCUGGCAUAUGCAUGUGGAGGAAACAGGCACCCCUAGCCAAUCAGCACUUAAGCAGCAGACUAAAUGGACAUGUCGAAUAGGCGGACACUUAAGGCUCAUUCACACUAGGCCAACACGACACCGAUCUUGGUCUGCCGACUGCCGGCAACAGCGUUUUUUCCUUCGUGUCGGCACCUCUGUCACACUGUACCGACGUUGACAAUCUGCCGAUGGUCGGCAGAGAGCUCGGUGUCGGUACAGUGAGACAGACACAAAGGUAAAAAACGCUGUCGCCGACAGCUGGCAGAAUGAAAUCGGUGUCAUGUUGGCCUAGUGUGAAUGAGCCUUUACAGAAUGCCACCCCCCCAGCUCUGUAGUGCUGAAUACGGCCUUCAGCUAUAACCUUUUGGCAGCUUUGUGUGAGUGUGCAUAUGUGCAGAGCUACACUGCACUGAAUUCUUGUGAAUUGCCUGCACCUACUGAAACUUUAGCCUUGCGAUUUCUGAAUUAUUGUGGGUAAUGCACUUGCUUUAUGUAACAGCUAAUGCAGACAAAAGCCAGUCAGUGCAGGGGUUGUUUGGAUAACUAAUAACUCCAGUGGAAGCCAAGUUGAUGCAUUAUUUUCCUUGGCUAUGAUUGCGGCAAUUUCCAUUCAUCGUGGCAACUGUGGUUACCAAUGCAGUUGGCUAACGCAUUCGAAGCCUUUUUGUUUUUAGUGAUGUCUGGUAGAUUUUCCUGUUCUUGCUGAUGUAAGAACAGGUUCAUUCAUUACAUGAUGUCUCAUAGACACAGAGUCACAAAUCUUGAUUCUGUAAAAUUGAAUGCAUUCAGCGUCAUUGGCCAGCUCAGCAGGUGCACCGCCAAUGACAAGAACUCAGUGAGAGUCCUAACAACAAAGAAAUUGCUGAUUUUAUUAGAGGUGUUCCAGGGCCCCUUCAACGUUUACUUCCUGCGUUUUUUUACUACAUGUUGAUGCUCCGUCCGACUUGGCAUGAAAAUCAUGUCAAUUACUGCAGCUAUUUUUGUAUAAGCUGCAUGCUUUCAUCGUGUUUGCAGAGUGAUGGGACGCUGCAUUUCUUGGUUAGUGAUCAUGGGAUAUAACGUUCCACAGGUUUGCUCCUCUUUUUAAACACAUAUGUCAUACUUGCCUUGUGCCUUUAAAAUUUUAUCUCUGUUCUCAUUGAACUUGAGUACAUUUGCUUCUUUCAAAAUAUCAGUUCUCCAGAGAGCUAGUUGGUGGCCUACAAAAAUGUGCAGCUCCUUGCACGUGGGAACAUUUGAUGAAGAGAAUCUGGCUUCUUUGCCUGUUAACAAAACAUUAAAUUAUUCCUUGAAUGAAUGACAGUUAUGAUAACAUUAUGUGUGCUGUAUAUGAUGGGAAGCCAGCACAGCGUCAACAGCGAAGAGUCUGGAGCCGCAGCACUCUGGCUGCCCACUGCUGGGUGACGUAAGCAGAGCGCCAGCUCGAGAGGUGCGGCUUUGCGCUCGCUGCAGCCUCCCAGUUUCUUUUUCAGGCGCUCCGUUAUCUGAAAUUUGCCGUACCGCAGUUACACGGGUAAUCACAUUUUUCCAUUUCUAAAAGUUGAUAUGGCUUGUAGAGGAGAGCUCGCUUCAAUUUCCCAUUUAUGAUGAGCCUGCUGAUACUAAAUGUUGAAAAAGUAAUGAAUGAUCUUGCGUUAAUUAGUGGCUAAUUACCCUGCAUCACUCGUCAUUCCGUGAGAUGCCACCAUGAUGAUGGCGUGUCUCCGAAGGAACCUCCCUUUAUUUCAAAAUGGCUAUUUUUAAAUAUUACUUAGUCUUUGUAGAAACAAACUGUAUAUCUACAAAUGGCAUGACACAGGACAGGGAAAGAGCACUGUAGUAAAUAAACUUACUGUUAUUAUUUGAUGUAACAUUCUACUGGUCACUUAAGCUUGUGUACUUAUAUUUAAGUGUACCCCAGGUAGUCAUAUAAUCCAGAGUCCCCGACUACAGCAUGCCUCAUGAUCUGAUCGUGGUUUUUCCAUGCACAGACCCAGAAUUUAAAUUUUACUUGUCACUUUUUUGCUGGACAGGUUAGCACUACUAGAUUUCUGAAAGCUCCUGCACAAAUUCUAGUAAAUUCAAAUUUUCUUAUUAUAUUACUUGUGAAUGUUUGGAAAUCAACGAGAACUGUAAUCUUACUCCAGAGAACAUGUUCUCAUUUUAGCUGUCUUAGUCUUCCCUCUCUUUCUUUUCUCUCUCUCUCUUCUUUAAUAAAAGCUACUCAUGCAUAUGCAGUAAUCACUUUAGUUUUAAAGCAGACUGCUUAAUUAUGAACCAGACUGCCAUAACCAUCACAGUUGUAAACUAAACCUUAAGGCCACCAACUAGCACUGUUUUGUUCAGCACCACACUUCUAAGGCUCUUCUUUCUUUAUUUAUUUUUAUUUCUUUUUCCUAUUUGUGAAGAUUUGAAGAAUUCAUACGUGUGUUGUGGCAACGUAGAGCCGUUGUUUAUGAGAUGUCCUUGUUUCCUUCUGCAGAGCAGUGUUUUAAUCUGUAUCACCGUGAUCUGUAUAAGAAUUGUUGCACAACCAUGUUAUAAUUUAGUUGCUUGGCGUUUUUGCUCAUAUGCAUAUUAAAGUCUUCGUUACAGUGCCAUAGAUAUUGGAAUAAGUGCUCGCGGUGACGUUUGUGGUCUUAUUUGGAGGAACUGUCUGUCUUAUCGCGGUUUGCGAAAUAUGUGUAACUAUAUUAUUCUGUCGUUCUGUACAGUGGCAUACAUUGUGUGCAUCAGGAACUCGCUUCGUCUACAUUUAUUUAUUUAUACCUGCUGCUCUUUUUGUUUAUUGUUCUUUGUUUUAGGUGAUAUUGGGAUGGGUCGGCAGAGGUGGGAGUGGGUCGGGACGUUACAAUGGGUACCACCUGUAAAUAUUAGUGCGUAUUAUUACAAUGUUCAGUAUUGGUUUGUUGCUGCAGUGAUCUAUAGUAGAUUUUGCUUUCGUUUUUAGAGAAGUUUACUACUUUUAUGUGCUUACUGAGGCAAUAAAGAAUACCUGUUUCUCACA